UUGCGGAAAUGGGCGUAUUUCUUUUCGGGACUUUAACUGAUUAAAAUUUAUAAAUUUUGAACUAGAUGAGACUUUUUGCCGUCAAAUACUCAUGCAUACUUUAAUCGUUUAAAUUUAAAACUUCAAACAUGGCUAACAAUCUCGCUUCUCAACUAAUAAAGGAAGAGUUUAAUCCUUUAGAUUAUGUAAAGAAACAAGUUACAGAGUGUAAUGGUGCUGUAGAUUUAUUGAGUGAAAGAGAAAGAAUUCACAAAUUAGCUGAGGAAACUAAUGGGCUAUUGAAGAAAAAUGUUUACAAGAAUUACACUCAGUUUAUCGAAACUGCUAAAGAAAUUUCAUAUCUUGAAGGAGAGAUGUAUCAACUUAGUCAUAUGCUUGCCGAACAGCAAACUGUUUUAAAUUCAUUGUUAGAAGUUUCUAUUGCGGCUUCCAAGGAUUCUGAGUUGAAAAUUAGUAGAGAUAAGGAAACGGACGAAGAAAAUAAUAAAAACCUUUCUUUGCUUUUGGAGAAAGUUGAAGGGUGUGCAACCAUACUAGAAGUUAGAGGUCGAACAGUUGUGUAUAAUGGAGAAAUGCUAGAAUUGGGGGUUAAUGACUACAAGCCCAUUCAUACAGUGUACUGUGUACUGCUGGAUGAUGGAUUAAUGUUUGCAACAAAAAUAGAAAAUAGCCGUGGACCAUUGCAAUAUAGGUACCAAGCACUCUAUGAACUUGAUGGUCUGGCUGUAGUAAAUGUUAAAGAAGAAAUUGGCGUUAAGAAUGUCUUUAAAGUUUUAAUGUUCCCUGAAGUGAGACAUUUUCAGUGUCUUUCUGCCACUUCUAAAAAAGAAUGGUUGUCUCGCAUUGAUCAAGCGAAGAAAAAGAAAUUAUCCUCCUUUGAGAGACUUUCUAGUCCAAAAGAGGCUCCCAAUCCCUUUGAAGACGAAGGUGCUAAUCCAUUUGAAGAAAACUUAUCUCCACACAGAAAUGCUUACUUAGAGACUCCAAUCUGGCUCCUCGAACUUCCAGAGGAAUUGGAUGUUUGCAUCGCUCUCAGGGAAUUUGAAAAAGCAGUACAGCUCAUUCAAAAGGCCAGCGCUCACUGUGCUGCAUUCCCAAGAAGCACUGCAGUCAAAGAUACCAAAAUUCGCAUCGACAACCGUGCGAAGCAGCUGGUUCAUAUUCUAACCGAAGAGUUGAAGGUGUCACCUGAUCGUUCUCUUCAUGGCGGUCCAAGGGCUGCCAGAAAAGCUGUGGGUGUUUUGAUCCAGUUGGGAAAGUCAUCUAAAGCUUGUAAUCUUUUCUUAAAGCGAUGUUCGGCCAUGCUUAAGCAAAACAUGAAGCAACAGAAAGCAGAGGGCGCUACUCUUAGUUACAUCGAAAAGCUGUGCAGCGUUUUCUUUUCCUGCAUCGCAGAUACUGGCAAGGAAUUCAACCGGGCUUUUGAGAACAACGCUUGUGCAUCGGCCUUUGUACUAUGGGCUAAACUGCAACUAGAGCAGUUUGUCCAAAUAUUCUCGAAACAUGUAUUUACUCCACAAGUCAGCGCUUCCACUGCAACGGAUUGCAUUGCAUGUGCUCGGCAGCACUGUGAUAAACUUUCGGAUGUAGGCCUCGAAUUUUCAUUUGUUUUGAAUGAUUUAUUGAGCUCGCAAGUAGAGAGGUUGGUCACUGAAAUGCGUGAUAAACUUUUAGAAGCAAUCAAGUUGCGUUCCAAUGACGACAAGUGGCGACCUCAGAAUCUCCAAAACACCACCAAUUCAAAAAAAUUACUUGAUGAUUUGAGGGAGAUGGGAAUUGACAAUGCAGAAUCAUAUCUUUUUGAUGAAUGUUGGUUGACCUUAACUAUCAACAUUACAGCAUUCGCAAAAAUGUAUUUGAAUUUUUUAGACGACCUAUUGAAACUCUAUACACCAGCUGUACAUACUUUAAUAAACGAGGCCCUAUCUGUUGCUUUCCAAACUCAACUUUUUCACGUGAAAAAUGCCUUUCAAAAAGCAAACGACCCUUCAGAAAGGCAGUUUAUUUCAAAGAAUGCCUCGUUUUUGUCUGAUGUAUUAAAAAUUCUUGAAAGCCGUUAUUCCCAGCGGCUGAGUCGUCCUUGUACUGUAAUAAGUGAUUUCCAAGAAGAGCUUAGCCGGCUUGUUGCUAACUCAUUUAAAACUUCCUUUACUAAAUAUUCAUCUACUGCUUACAUAUAGUAAAAAUUAUACUUAUAUGCAUGUAAUUCAAUAAAAAAAAUGCUCC